UCAAGUUUAAUUUAAUUUAGCUACGUAAUGGCGAGCGGCGGCGGCGGCGACGGCGAAGGGAAGCCGCCGGCGAAGGAGGAGUCGACGGAGUACCGGCUGAGGAAGUACCUGCUGCUGCUGGCGACGCUGGUGGCGACGGUGACGUACGCGGCGGGGCUGAACCUGCCGGGCGGGUCCUGGGAGGAGGACGCGCCGGCGCCGGCCGGGCUGCGGGUGGUCGCCGGCGACCCCAUCCUCCGGGAGACGCGGUACACGCGGUACGUCGUGUUCUACGCCUGCAACGCGGUGGCGUUCGCGGCGUCGCUGGUGGUGAGCCUCAUCGUGCUCGUCCUCCCCAAGGAAGGCGGCGGCCGGCUGCUCGGCGCCAUGCGCGCGGUGAUGGUGGUCGACCUGCUCGGCCUCAUGGGCGCCUACGCCGCCGGCAGCAGCCGAGACGGGUUCACCACCGCCGCCGCCUCCGCCCUCCUCCUCCUCGUCUUCGCCUACGUCGCCGGCGCCUUCCUCGCCUCCCUCAAUCUCAUCACCGUCAGAUGGCAGCUGCCGUGUCAAGAACGAGCAUCGCCGCCAGCGGCGGCGCCGCGGCCGCCGCCGCCAGGAGACCAAGAUCCGGCAGCAACCAAGGCGAUGAAGUCGGAGCACGAGAUCCUGCUGCUGCUGGCCAUCUUCGCGGCGACGAUCGCGUACGUGGCGGGGAUGAACCCGCCGGGGGGAUUCUGGCGGGACGCCGCCGUGGGCGGGGAGCACGUCGCCGGCGACCCGGUGCUGCAGGGGCGGGAGCACCCGAACCGGUACAGGGCGUUCUACGUCUGCAACACCGCCGCCUUCGCGGCGUCGCUGCUCGCCGUGAUGUUCAUCGUCGUCGAGGACAAGAGGCUCCGCCAUUGGAGGAGGGCGGUGCCGUACGGGCUCGUCGUGGCGGCGCUGCUGGGGCUCGGCGGCGCGUACGCCGCCGGGAGUUGCCGGGACGGGAAGCACACGGCGUACGUGGCGUGCCUGGUUGCCCCGGUCGUUGCCUACAUUGCCAUCCUCUAUAUAGCUUGUCCCAGCCGCAGCCCAUCGUCGACGUCGAAAUCGCCAUCGAAUACAAAUACUACAACCACAACCAUCAGCAUCAGUGACAGCAAACAAGACAAAGAGGUGGAUAAGAUUUGUGAGUACAUUCAGUUGCUUGCUACUCUAGCAGCGACCAUUGCUUACCAAGCAGGAAUAGAUCCACCUGGUGGUGUCUGGGGAGAGAGCGGGAAGGGUCAUAGGGUUGGAGAUCCAAUACUCCUCACAACGCAUCCCAGGCGGUUCAAGGUCUUCUUCUAUUUUAACUCUGCAGCUUUUGUGGCGUCCCUGGUCAUCAUGGCACUGUCGCAGAAUAAAAGAUUGGUGAGGAGAUACCAUGCUGUACUGGAGGCGACCAUGAUACUGGACCUGUUCGGCCUCAUAGGAGCGUACGCUGUCGGGUGUUGCAGGGACACGAGCACCUCCAUUUACAUCAUCGCCAUGGCUGGUGCUGUCCUUGUCUAUGUAGUGAUUCACAUUGUCUUCUUCACAUUGGAGACUAAAAAUGGCGGUGAUGAUCAGUUGGAGGAGCAUCGUGAGGUGCUGCUUCUUCUUACGGUCUUGGCUGCGACACUCACCUACCAAGCUGGCCUAACCCCGCCAGGUGGUUUCUGGGAGAACGAUGAGAAGUUUGGCUACCAUGCGGGCUUCCCCGUGCUCCUAAACAAGGACCCUUGCCGCUACAAGGCAUUCUUCUACUGCAACGCGGCAAGCUUCAUGGCGUCUGUGGCUCUAAUUGUUCUUCUUAUGAACAAAAAUCUAUAUCGGCCAGGCAUUCGGAGCUAUGCCCUCAUUAUCUGCAUGGUAGCAGGCAUGUUUGGGGUUCUGGGUGCCUACGCUGCUGGAAGCUCCAUAUAUCUACGGACCUUCAUCAUUGUACUGGUAUUGGUUCUUGUGGUUUUUGUAGGUGUAAUCUGUCUGGCAAUCAACCAUUUCAGAGAAUUAAAGAAGAAUACACAACAACAACAACAACAACAACCACCACCACCACCAACGGGAACCAAUGGGUUCUCCUCGCCAAAGCUUUCGAUGCAAGAAGAAGAUGUGAUCAAGUACCUGAUGCUGGUAGGGAUACUAGCCGCGUCUAUCACCUACCUGACAGGCCUAAAACCACCCGGCGGCCUAUGGAGGGACGAAGGCGAUGGACACUCUGCGGGCAAUCCGGUCCUCUAUGACAUUAACAUGCGACGAUACAAUACUUUCUUCUACAGCAACUCCACUUCCUUCAUGGCUUCUAUCACUGUCAUCGUGCUGCUACUCCAAAGGAUGUUGUCGCCCAAAACGGGUGGCGAAAAGGUCUUUUGGCCGAUGCACACGGUCAUAGUGUUGGACAUGCUUGCCCUCCUGGUAGCCUACGCAGCAGGCAGCGUUCGGGAUUGGGAAACAUCCAAGAAUGUCUUCCUCCUGCUCAUCCCCAUACAACUCUUCGUUGGGGGUUUGUUCUUCAUAUGCAAGAAAAAACAAACUUCACCACAAGAUGAUGGUUCAGCUGCUGGGACUAACAUGUAGCCGAAGUCAAAUUCUGCCUAAGAUAUUUGAUAAAAGUUGAGUUUUUUUUUUCAGGUUGGAGCCCGAAGUGUGUGUCAAGAUAUCAAAUUGUUUGCUCUACUAUGUAUUCUUUAGUGCCUGCACAUUUGCACGUCUGGUAUCAAUAAUUUAACUUUGCAUGUACCAUUGUUUAUUUUUAACUUUUAUUAUUAAUUUUUAAUUUAUCUUACCAUCGAUCUUCUUUGGUAAUAGACCCAAAAUUUGUAAAACUCAAAGUUUGAAUUAUGGGCAAUGAAAUGUGUGUCCCUCUGUCUUUUGAAUUUAUGUGGCUUGUUUUUGGUUCUUAAAUACAUUCAUAUGCAUUAACAUGGAUUAGAUGAAUUUUCAUUCCGCUCCGCCCGCCGGCCUUCCUGACUGAAGAAGAG